GUUCCCAGGAACCAAAAUGGGCCAGACCGAACCAGCUCUGCCCCAACCCGGGCUGCUCCGGAGGGAGCAGAGCCUCGGGAACGCGGGGCCGCGGCAGACCGCCCUGAGGCGCCCCUGGCCCGCCCUGAGGAGCCACCGACCCGCCCUGCGGCUGGCGGGCACGGGGCUCGGGGCGGGCGCUCCCCGGCUCCGUUGCCCGGCAGCGGCCGCAGCGCCGCGAUGGAGGCGGCCGAGCGGCGGCGGCUGCGGCGGGAGGCGGCCGAGUAUUACCGAGGGCAGCGGGUGCCGGAGCGGAUGGAGGACGUGCUGAACGCCCUGUUCCCGCUGCCCCCCGCGGAUCUCUACGGGGAGCUGGCUAACUACUUUUCUAAAUUUUCAAAAGCUCCAGUAAUAUGCAAAUUAGUUGGAAAAAAAGUUCUUGAUGGAGUUGGUCAGCCAACAUUAGAAGUGGAAAUAUACUGUACAGUUAAAAACUAUGAGAAGAGGAUUUGUUCCACUGUAAUGGCUACUCAUUCUCAAAUACCUGAAAAUGCUUUACCUGAAACAAUUGAAGCUGAUGCGAAAGAAAGAAAUUACUCUGUUCAUACUGCUGUGCAAUGGGUCAAUGAAGCACUGAACACAAUGUUAAGGGACUUGGACCCUACUGACCAGUGUCAAGCUGAUAAGAUGCUUGGGGAAUAUUUUGCAAACAAGAUAGAAGAAAAAAAGAAAAUUGAAAAGGAAGAAGAAGAAAAAAAAAAGGCAGAAGAAGCAGCAAAAGCCACUCAUGCCUCUCCUUCGUGCCCUUCAGCCUCACCACCUAAGCAAAAAAAGGGAGGAAAAACAGGAAAGAAGGUGUCAGCAGAAGUGAAUCCCAUCCCACCUGCAGAAGCUGCUGAACCAGUGCUGCCUGGCAGCUUGGCCAUUGGGGGAGCAUCACUUGCCAUAGCAAAGGCUGGGGCCACCAUUAGCCGUGUCCCGUUGUACUUACACACUGCACUGCUGAAACACAAUCAGGAGUCACCUAAAGAAAUGACUCUACCACUCCCAAUGGUAACUGUGUUGAACUGUGAGAAAAAAUUACCUACAAAACUGAAAUUAGUCAAAGAAGUUAUGCUUAUACCACCAGUUGAGUUAUCACUCCAGCAGGGCAUAGAAAGAGUUCUGGAUAUUCAGAAAGAAAUCACAAGUCUCUUUGAGUCUCCAGCCAAAAGGCUUGGUUCACAAGGAGACACUAGGAAAGGGAAACGACAAAAGGCUCCGCCACCACCCUUAAAAAGAAUAUCACAUUUAGGCUGCCUGACAAUAGGAUAUGAUAAUCUAGAACAACUGCUACUCCAAUUGCAAACAGCUUGCAACAAUAUAGGUCUGGAGCUGGGAAUAGACAUGUACUUAGCAAUAAAUUUUGCUGCUCAUGAAUUAAUGGAUUAUGGUAAAGGAAAAUACGAAAUACUCACUGGAACAUUCAAAACUCCUGAUGAAAUGGUUGCCAUGUAUGUGGAAAUGAUUGAUAAUUUUCCUUUUAUUAUUGCAUUAAUAGAUCCCUUAAGAAAAGAGGACAGAGACCAGUGGAGUAGCAUCUGUUGUUCCCUUGGUUCCAAAUGUUACCUGAUUGCCGAAGAUGCUGCCACGCAAAUUUCCAAACUCACAACCAACCAAAACAUAAACAUAGCAAUGUGCAGUGGUGUUGUCCUAAAAUACACGAACCAAACCAAGGUGUCAGACCUCAUAGAACUCACUGGAGUUCUGGACGGUCAAAGACGUGUUACCAUAUUAGGAAGUCCAGAUAGAGAAUCUUCAGAUGAGAGCCUCGUGGAUCUGGUGAAGCAAAACUUGAAUUUGUUGAGUUUGCUGAAGACUUACAGCCAGAACAACUUCCUGAUGUGCUUCCUGCCCCAGAGCAGGAUUAGCUGUCUCCACAGCUCUCAGCCAGCCCUGCAGAUUCACAGCCUGCCUGCCCAGCUCCCAGAAAACAGCACAUUAACCAAGGCUGUCAUCAUUACUCUGGGAUAAAUUUCUAAGAAAAAACAUUUUACUAAGAAAAUGUUACAUAUUUACAUUUAUCUCAUAUUAACUAUUUAAUAGUUAAUAUUUAUUUAUGUCACAUAUUAACUAUUCAUAAAUACAUUUUUUUUCAAGCAGUUCAGCCAAAUAGCUCUAAGAGAUUUCAAAUACUGGCUUCUCUUUUCCCAGGGCCCAUUGCCUUCAGCUGAAACCAAAUUAACUGAGCAGUGACUAUAGUCUGAAAAUACCAUAAAAUUCUGUGCUGCAUUUACAAAUUGACAAAACAAACACUACUUUGUUAAGUCCAAAACUAAAUGUUUGUUUUGAGAAAAUCAGAAUCUCCCUCCAUACAAAGAGCAAGCAGUUGACAAACAGUAAAAAAAAAAAAAACCAAACACAAACAGAACACCACAUUUUACAAAAAAUAAAACCAAAAAAAAGGGCUUGAGUGUUAUGCUGCUCCAUCCCCCCCACCCCCUCAGUGCUGCUCUGAGAUCUAACCUGCAAAGGAGAUUUUGCUCCACUUGUAGCCCUCAAAAAAAGUGCAAACCCCAAAUGUUGGGCAUGGAGCUGUGACUGGCAUCAGUGAGUAACAAGUCAAUUCCACAAGGUCUGGGAAACUUGUCAGGAGUCUUUUUAAUAAGCAACAAUGGAAAGUUGAAGAAAUAAUUUAUGUUCUAGGUAACAAAACAGUUUAAGUAAAAGAAAUGCUUCUUGAAAAACUUCUGGGUUUUGCAUAAUUUGAAAAUCUGAACAUAUAAUACAGCAGCAAUAAUUUCAGGAAAAAAUACAUAUAUGAAAUUUUGCAUUUUAAGUUCAGUGUAACAGAUAACUAAAUAAAAAAUUAACAGCCAGAACCAACUGCCCUCAAGAAAUGAAAAUAUCAAUGAGAGACAAAUUUCCGCAAGUUUAUGAACUGUAUGCAAUUCAGUCAUUAGAUCAAGUCCAAGAUUUUCGUAGCAAACAUGCAAAAACCACCAAAAUAGAUGUGAAACCACCACACUCAUUACUAUCAUUUUAUUUUUAGGAAAAGCACCAGACAGUUGCAUGCAGAGCCAAACCAACAAACUCAGAACAUUCAUCCUUCAAUACUAUCACUGUUUCAAAUAAUUAAAUAAAAAAGAAUCCAAGUGCAUUCAAGUACGUGCCCACCCAAUUUCAGUUACACCAAUCUUUAGGUAAAUCCCUGAUUCCAUUUGUUCAUUAUAAAAGAAUGAGAUACUGUGCUGAAUUUAAAGAGACUGCACUGGAAUGUGAAUUGGCAGUGGAGCAAAUCAAUGAUGUUCCUAUCUCAC